AUGUUUUUAUUUAUAAUUAGUUGAAACGUGUGUGAAACAAUUUGUAAUGGAUUUUGACCCUGUGGAAACACUUAAAUUUUUUUUAAAUAAGGUCUUCCGUGAUCGGUUAAGGAGGAAGUAAUUUUGAGAACUUUCCCAGUCAUGUCAUCAUUCAAGAAGACGUCGAAGAGCAUUCUGAGGGAGAGUCUUCGAAUAUUCGACGAAGACUCUGAGAUUCUACCCGAAAAGAAGCAGAAUUGCAACCGCAAGAUGAUAUCUAAAGGCACCAAAAAAGAUCUUCUGCUUAAAGCUUCCGCUGUCAAAGAAAUUGAAGCUGUCAAGAAACGAUUGAAGAGGAAGGAAAGCUUAGUUGAAGAAAACUUGGAAAAGCUGAAGCUAUUAAGUCAACCUCUGAAAGAGAAGACAGCUAAGAGGAUUUUACAGAAUAUAGGCUACCAAGCUGAAUCUAGUCAACAAUCCAAGAAAAGGAAGCCAGAGGAUGAAAGAACUGUCUUCACAGAGGAAGAUUUUGCCAAAUUUGAAAGGGAGUAUUUUGGCUGUUGAUAAUAUUAACUCCACUGAUGAAUUCUCCAGGAUAUUGUACUAAGUUAAUUGUUUGUUCAAGAUAUGUGCACAAUACGUAGGUGUAAAUAAUAAGUAAUUUUUUUUUUUUACUAA